GCCUCCUCUCGCGCCGGCCCGAGCGGCACGUAACGGCGCGAUGGUCCGAGGCGGCGCGAGCGGCCGGAGUGCGCGAGAGGAAGGGGGUGUUUCUUCUGGCUUGUGUGCGUUUAUCUAGCCUCUGAAUCUUCCAGGACACACUUCAGAAUGGCAAACAAAACAUUUAUUAUAUCUGCUCCAGGGAAGGUGAUUUUGCAUGGAGAGCAUGCUGUGGUCCAUGGAAAGGUGGCUCUGGCAGUCAGCUUAAACUUAAAAACAUAUCUCCGGAUACAACCAUGUUCUGAUCAAAAAGUACAAUUAAACUUACCAAAUAUUAACGUCCAUCUUGGCUGGAAAUCUGCUGCCCUCCAGUUUCUGCAGUCAGUAAUUGAUGUCACUGAUGUGCUGAAUCUAAAGACUGCAAGCCAGGAACAAGUAGAUCAUCUGAGACAGUUUGCAGGAAUUCCAGAAGGCUCUAUGGAUGCAGUGAGCCUCAGUAUCCUCUGCUUCCUUUAUCUGUACAGUGCUAUCUCCGCCAACUAUGGGCAGAUGCCAAGCAUAGACAUUCUGGUUUGGUCUGAACUUCCAAUAGGAGCUGGUCUGGGAUCCAGUGCUGCAUAUUGUGUGUGUCUGGCAGCAGCCCUUUUAUCAGCCAGUGGGGCCAUUACUUGUCCUGAUCCACAGGAGAAAGACACCACCAGAUGGAGUGAUGAUGAACUGGAACUGAUUAACAAAUGGGCCUUUCAAGGAGAGAAGCUAAUCCAUGGAAACCCAUCUGGUGUGGAUAAUGCUGUGGGAACAUGGGGAGGAAUGUUGAGAUACCACGCAGGUAAAAUUGUCCCUUUGCCCAGUGUCCCCACCCUCCGGAUACUUCUUACUAACACAAAGGUGUCAAGAAGCACAAAAGUGUUAGUAGCGGGAGUCAAGGAUAAACUUAACAAGCUGCCAAGCAUAAUACAACCUGUCUUGGAUUCAAUUGAUGCUAUUUCAUGUGAGUGUGAGCGUGUUCUGACUGCAGCAGCAUCUGGCAGUGCUGUAGAUGAACACUACACGAUGCUGGAGGAACUUAUUGACAUCAACCAGCAUCACCUUAAUGUCAUUGGAGUGGGUCAUUCAUCACUGGACAGGUUGUGUCAAGUAACCGCAACAUAUGGUCUGCACAGCAAGCUGACUGGAGCAGGAGGUGGCGGGUGUGGCUUAACACUGCUUAGACCAGAUACAAGUCCUUCUGUGGUGGAAGCGUCUAAACGGGCUUUAAAAGACGUUGGGUACGAUUGCUGGGAAACAGUUAUUGGUGGAUCAGGUGUGUCCCUGCAUUCACCAUCCUCCUUGCACAAAGACAUAUUUCAGCUUUUAUGUGAUGUGAAGAAUUGCCAGUGAAGAGUUUUAGGAACUUAUUUAUUGUAACGCUAAUCGCCUGUGUACUUGAUAGGCUGUGUCAGUGUUCCUGGGAUUUGAUCACUCAUUCUACAUCUCUUCAUCUCCUCACCCCCCUUUACCCAAGGAGAAUUCAGCCCCAUAGAAACUUUUGCCAUUUACCUCUGUACAUGUAACAUUGUAAAAUCUUUUUCAUUGCAAAGAACUGCUUAUUUCCAGCACAGCGCCUGAUUAAACCGUGGCACUGAUUAAUAAAUGCCUCAAGAGAAAGCAUUCAUCAAUCCAGAUGGGGAGACUAUUCAAAGUGUUAUACUUGGCUGGAAAAUGCUGCAGUGGAAGGGGAUGGCACACCAGAUGCACUGUGUAAUGGCUGCUUUCUUGACUUGAACAAUAAAUUGGUUUUUAAAGUG